AUGCAUAUCAACAUAGGCCUCGGGCCCAAAUCUGAGACCGUUCUCCCGGUUUCAACCAACACCGACGCAGAUACUCUCCAUGGAAGCACCCGGGCCGAGACCAAAGCCGACUCGAAACACCUCUAUUUCGCCUACGGGUCCAACCUCUCACCAACCCAAAUGGAGCACCGCUGCACCUUUAACCCCACGCUCUCCGCCAAACCCGUCGCCAUCGCCCUCCUGCCAAAAUGGCGCUGGCUAAUCUGCGAGGCCGGCUACGCCAACGUCCUCCCGCCCGAGGGCAUGCGCAUCGGGCCACAGGACUCGGAGCUAGCGCAGAAGGUCCCCAUCUCGGGUGCGGAGGAUGCAGUUUACGGGGUGCUCUAUGAGAUGGACCCCCGCGAUGAGCAGAUCCUCGAUGUAUACGAGGGCGUGGACCCGUGUGCGGAUGAGACGGACGGGUCGGCGCCUGUUGGGCCGGCUGUGCGGCCGCGCAACCAGGGCGAGGGCUCCUACAACAAAUGGUAUGUCUCGGCGCCUGUUGUCCAGUGGCUCCAGCCGCCGCCCGAACCUCGGGAUGAGGUGUCUGUGUUGGUGUAUGUCGAUGAGGAACGGGUUUGUCUUGCGCCGCCCAAGUUUGAGUACAUCGCGCGCAUGAACCGUGCUAUACGGGAGGCGGAGGGCUUGGGGGUUCCUGCACAUUGGAUUCGUAAGGCUAUGAGGAGGUUUAUCCCCGAUCAAUGA